AUGGCAGAAAGAGUAGAGGGAUUCAACUUCGAGCAAAGGCAUGGGAAAAAGAGGGUAAGGGUGGCUCGCGUGUGGAAGACGAAGGAAGGAAAACACUACGUUGUGGAGUGGCGAGUCAGCAUCAGCCUCCUCUCUGAUUGUGUCAACUCUUAUCUCCGUGAUGAUAACUCCGAUAUCGUUGCCACUGACACCGUGAAGAACACUGUAAAUGCAAAAGCCAAGGAGUUCUUUGAACUACUUUCUGUUGAGAACUUUGCUAUUGAGCUUGCCAAGCACUUUAUAUCAUUCUAUAGGCAGUCCGAUUCUCGCAACCUUGAUACCCAGCUGCAAGAUCCCAAAUUUUCUUUGGCAUGUGAGAAUGGAACAUUGAUGAGCGGAUAA